AUGAAGUCCUCGCAGCUCUUAGCUUGUAGUGGUAAUAUUCAGCUGAAGAAAGCUCGUGGUUUCCAAAUACAAGGCAUCCUCCCAGCAGGCUACAAUAUGAAAACGGAUGUCACUACCUCUGCUCCUCCAUUGCCCUCUAAUGCCUUGAAGUCUACGGCUUUUUGCAACGGUGUCAAGGAUCUUUUCCAGAGCAGACACAUUGAUUACCUGCAUACUGCUUUGUUUGGCCAAAGAGAUACUAAGAUCUCGCAUCCUACAUUUGCUGCUCUGUCGUCCGCCAAUGCGCCAAUACUUGGUGCUAUCGUAAGGGAUACGCCUCAACCUGCUAAUGAACUCAUGAUGGUGGCUCGAGGAUUGUACAAAACAAAUCUCGAAAACAUGUGGGCAAGUAAUAAGGUAUUUAACAAAUCACUGAACAAGCUACUGGAGAUUCUUCUUCGCGUGCAUCUCGCCCCAAAACGAGAGUCGCAUUACUGGAAACGUCAACAAACCAAAGCAAAGAAGCAACCCGAGCAAGUUGUCAAUUCGACCAGAAACUCGUUUCACAACGCCAUCCGAUCAGAGAAGUACAAACUGCAAAGAUAUCAAAGAAAGGCACAGGGCAAACCAGAAGACAACAACUGGGCGAAGCUGGCCAGAAAUAGUCAAGAGCGCAUAACUCACAUGUACGCUGAUGCCAAGCGUCCUGUCAAGUCUGUUUCUACUUCUGGUACUACACUUGAUCAAGCUGCUGUAUCUGCUUCUGGUUCAGGCUCUUUUACUACAACUGUAUCUAUUCCUACUGCUCCCUCUGGCACUUCUGACGCUGUUACUGCCUCCAAUGCUAGUUUUGAUCUUGAUAGUGCUGAUAUGCCUAUUGACGAACUGCUCCCCCUUUCUGAACUGAUGGAUGAAGAAGAUGACCAAGAAGAAGAGGAAGGCAUCCGUGAUCUGCCUAGAAGACGAAUUAUGAUUCUCAAAGCUACCCUGAGAAAUCUCUUGGUGAGGCAAGCUGGAAAGUCUAUUACCCAUAUACAGCUCAAGAAGGAACGUCCCGAUAUCACGGAAGAAGAGAAUCGCGUGUGCAUGCUUCUGGGAAAAUUAUUGCUGCCUUAUAUACCUACUAGAGAUCAUUAUAGCUACAUUGGCUUCCAGUUGCCAUUCUUAUUGUUGGCCAAUGAUAUCUUUUGCUCUGUUGGCUACCACAAGUUUGCCGUGGAUCUGUGUCCAAUUUCUUCCUGUGGCUCAUUACAUGCAAUGCGUGUGGACGCGGCCUCUCUGUAUGCCUUAUGUACCAGAGGUGAUGAUCAAAUGGAUAUCUUUGACUUUCAAGGGUUUGUCAUAGAAAACGUUGGAAUAGCAAUACAAUACAAGGAUGCCGUGUUUAAUUCUUUUUUCGACAUUCGUGCCAUCACGCAAGCCUGCAAGUCCUUUGGUCUGACAUUUGCUCACAACCUUACCAUUAUGCCUGGUCUUACCUCUGUCCGUAUUUUGGGUACCAAACCAAGUUCUAACAAGUCAGUUUCCAAUACGAAGAAACCUCUAGAUAUUGAUUGGGAUACCGUGAGAGAGCUUCAAACCAGAACUAAUCAAACACUGAAGAAAGACACUGGCCAACUGGAAAUCGAUAACAAGGCUGUGUUUGAUGAGCUGAAGGCUGCAAACAAGGAUUACAAGAAGGAGCAGUAUUCUACAAGGAUCAAGGACUUGAAGAAGCAGUGGCACACUGAUCGUAGCAAACACCAAGAAAUCAAAGAGCUGAAGGCUCAAAGAUACCAGUUGUUCAUCGCCAUCAAACAGACCAAGCAACAACUGUCCAACAUGAGAACUCGUGCCUUUUUGACAAGGAAAGCCAUUGAAUAUAGAAACAAAGACAUCCCUCUUGUAUCGAAUUACGAGCCUCCUACUUCUGACCAACAUCUCGAUUCAAUGGUGUUUUCGGGUACUGAUAACGGGCUGGCUGUAAUGACAGAAACUAUUGGCAUGAAUCUGAACAAAUACAAAUAUCACUUGUCACUGCAUAAUAGAUUCUCUCCUCUCACCCAUCUCAAUGCUGAUGAAGGCAAUUUGUCUGAUAGUACUGGUACUGCUGCUGGCAACGAUGGCAAUGGCGUUGAUCAAGUUAUUACGAACGAUGCUAUUGACAAGGAUGAAAUUCGUGAUGGCAGUGUUAAAUGCGAUGGAGAUCCCAAUGGUGAUGAUGACGACGCCGGUGCUACUGCUAAUGAUCGUGGUCAGACAACAACAUUUGAACCUCUGCCAGAGUCAUACAAGAUGCGUGCUGAAGAUGUCGACUUUGGUUCUGGCCAAUUUAUGAGGCAAAAGAUCACUUUGAAAGACAAAAAAACAACAGAAGAAGGAAAGAAGGUUCAAGAGAUUGAGCAGCAAUUGCCGAGAUCCAGUGUGUUCAGAGCCAAAGAGGUAGAGGAUGUCGUGUCAAAUCUUGAUGCACACAGAAGCAAUGGCCCAGCAUUGCGUUUCCGUUCUCGUUUUGCUUCGCGUGAAAGAUCCUUUUGUGCUGGUGUUCGUCCCCAAACGUCACUUACAAUGUUCAUUGGAGAUCGUGGUCUUUGUGUCGGCUCUCGUUUGAAGGGUCAUUUGAAGUAUGGUGGAAAAUGGAAGCCUCGCUUACAUUCAUCUGUCGCCACUGUGCAUACUACCAACGAACACAAGACAUCCCAGACGUGCAUGUACUGCUUUGGGCCCACCUCUCAUCCCACACAAACCAUCAAAGCAAAGGAUGGUAAGACCAAGGCAAGGUCCAUUCAUGGUGCAUUCCUGUGCUUAAAUCCUGCCUGUGUGUCCGCUCUCAAUUACAGAGCCAUUCAAGGUAGAGACAAGACAUCUGCUUUGGCCAUCGCUGUCUCUGGGCUUUCCAUUCUCUUAUUCAAGCAGCCAUUGCCUGUACUCAAUCCAAAACCCAGUCAAUCCAACACUGGCAUUAUUUCCAAGACCACCUCUUUCUGCAGCAGAAACGAGAAAAGGGACGGCAGCGGUGCUGUAUUAGCGGACGCUUGA